AGAUAACUGGUACAUGUUAGCAAAUUUUAGCUAUACGUACACUUUGUUGAGGUUAAGGGCUCCAAGCAAACCAGAGCAGAGAAUUCAAAAAUACUUGAAAUAGAGAACCUUUUUAUGGUGUCAUUGCUCCAGAGUACUCUAUUACUAGUACCAUAUACAGCUUUAUGGCUGUUGAGUGGAGAAAGCAUUGGCUUUUAUCUGGAAAAAAACCAACAGGUCAACCCUCCCAUCAGUUCUCAAUGCUCCUGCUAUCAUGAAAAUGGGACAGCUAUGGGAGUUGGCUGAUGCAAUAAUCUACCGAAGGUCAACAUAUGUAGUGGAGAGAAACCAGCAACAAGAUCCUGGGUUGGUCUUAAUAGCAUCUAUAAGGGAACUUGUUCUCGUGGCACUUACAGAUUUACAGGGAAGAUAUCUCAUGGCGCUUCCAUUUGAUAGAAAUUUAUCAGAGGAUGACAUAACCAUGGAAGCAUCCAACUGAACUUGUUUAUGAUAUUCUGAAGGAGUUGGUUGAUGCAAUAAUCUACUGAAAGUCAACAUAUGUACUCUAGAGAAACCAGCAACAAGAUCACUGUGCACCUAAAGAUUGCUCUUGGGGUGGUCUUAAUGGCAUCCAUGAGGGAACUUGUCCUCAAGGUGCUUGCAGAUUUACAAGGUCCUUAUAUAUCUUAUCUUAAAAUACUACAGUUUUCUGUUAGUAUAUAUUUAUCUCACAAGAAAACAAUCUGGUGAAGAUGUUGAUGGUGGAAACCAAUUAAUGAAUGACAUUAAACUGACUAAGAUGUUUGUUAGAGGGAUUUAUCAGAGAGUGGCAUAACCAGAGAAGUGCCCAAUUGACCUUGUUUGAGAUAUUAAAUUUAGAAGGAAACGAGCUUUCUGGCUCCCUUCCACUCAUGGUCAAGGAAUAUAUCAACUUAUUCAGUGUGUGAGAGGAGAAGAAAAACAAGUCUGUUGUUCCACUGGAAGCAUCAGCUGCAACAUUUGCCUACAUUUUGGAGCCUAGACGGAAUAGACAAAUAAAUAAAUGACAAGAUGUAAAGAAGUUGAAUGCUGAAAAAGAGAACAAGAUGGUUACAAUUACUUUGAAGUCAAAGAAUGGAAAAUUUAAAUGUUGUGAGCUAGUGAAACUUACCAAUAUCUUUGAGAGAGACAUCAGAAGAGGGGCAUGGGAACACUUUGAUGAUUACUUAGAUGAUGGUUCUUAAGUAGCCUACAGCCGUAGAGAUGCUAUCUCAUCAUCCGGUCAAGGGUACAGGGAAUUUCCUAUAAAGGUCAUUGGCAAAAAAUUUUCUCUGCUUUGUUGUCAAGCCUCGAAGAAAAUUUUCAUUGGAAAAGGAGACUCAACUAAAGAAGUGUUUCUCUCUGCAAUUUUUCAUCAAUACAAUUAUCCUUGUUUGCUGGAAUAUUUUCUAGUCCUCCUUGAUUUGGGGGGUGACUCUUAAUGAUUUUGCAAGCUGAGUUGCAGUUCAAGAUAGCUAAAAAAACUGAAGAGACUAAAGUCAGAGUAGUCUCCCCCUUAACUGUCAGACUUAUUCGAACAAGUUUGAGGGCAAGGUAGAAUCUUGUGAUUUCAUUAUUUAUGCAUCCAGUUCCAUCCAGGGAAGUGAGAUUGAUGUUGUUGUUCUUUCCAUCUAGAGAAAAAUCUCUGCAAGUGUACAAUUUUUCAUAGUGGAAUUUUUUAUAUGGAGUAGGUCCAUGGUUUUUUUCUUUUUGGGUUUUUCAUGUAAAAAAUUCUUGGGUUGAUU